AUGGACAAAUCGAGUGAAAUAAGUCAAAAACCAGAGGAAAAUAAAUCUAAAGAAAAUUCUGAUUAUAUAUUGAGAAAAACAACUCCUCCGUCUUUUCCCAGAAGAAAAAAGGACAUUUAUGUGUCAAAUAAAUCGAGCAUCCAGGCGUUGAUAAAAAAGUGUGAAAAAUUGUUUGAUUCUGGAGAAACAGAGCUUAUUAUUCAUGGUCUCGGAGCUGCUCAGUACAGAGCUUAUGAACUAGCUUUGCAAUUGCAGUCGAUUCAUCAAGGUACCUUGGGUCUGGAUGUUCGUACUGGAACAGUUAAAUUAACUGAUGAUUUAGAACCACUGACUGAUGAAGGAGAUUACAAAUUAAAUCAUAGAUUAAAUUCAUCAACGCACAUUAGAGUAUUUAGAACAGUACUUGUGGGUCCUUUCAAGUAUGCUAGCUAA